UCCAAAGCGUCGACAUGGCACUGGGACUGCUGGUCCUGGUGGUCACACUUUUAAGCACCGCCUGUUGGCUCCUGCAGCAGCACUACUCCUACUGGAGGCGAAGAGGAGUUCCUGAGAUCAAGCCUAAGUGGAUAGUAGGCAAUCUGAUGGGACUCCUGAAUAUGCGAACUAGUCCGGCGGAGUUUAUAGCCCAGCUGUACAACCAUCCUGAAGCGGAAAACGAACCGGUUGUGGGCAUACAUCUAUUCCAUAAGCCGGGGUUGCUCCUAAGGGAUCCUGGCUUGGUCAGAAAGAUUAUGGUCAAGGAUUUCGCCAAGUUCAGCAAUCGGUACUCAAACUCUGACCACAAAGGCGACCCACUGGGUUCCCAGAACAUAUUCUUUUUGAAAAACCCUGCUUGGAAGGAGGUGCGACUGAAGCUAUCUCCUUUCUUCACCAGCAACCGUCUGAAGCACAUGUUCCCGCUGAUCGAGGAGGUGGGUGCCAGCCUGGAUGCUCAUCUGCGCCAGAAGCCACUGCACAAUGAACGGCUCCGCUGCUUCGACAUGGAGGCCAAGGAGCUAUGCGCCCUCUUCACCACCGAUGUGAUUUCCACAGUGGCCUUUGGAGUUCGGGCCAAUAGUUUCACGGAUCCGAAUGGCGAAUUCCGACGACAUGGAAGAUCGGUCUUUGAAUUCACUUUCUUAAGGGCAGCGGAAUUCACAUUAGUGUUCUUCCUGCCCCAUUGGGUUCCGUUUUUCGGGUUCAAGGUAGUUCCCGACGAGUCGACUCGCUUCCUGCGCAAAACCAUCAAUUAUGUCCUGGACGAACGUGAAAGAUCGGGACAAGCACGUAACGAUCUCAUCGACAUCCUCAUCGAGUUUCGACGGAAUACCCAGCAGGCCAAGGCCAAGGGCGUCAAGGAUCAGUUCGUCUUCGAGGGCGAUAUCCUGGUGGCUCAAGCAGUGCUCUUUUUUACUGCCGGCUUUGAAUCCUCGUCCUCGACAAUGGCCUUUGCCAUGUAUGAGCUGGCCAAGGAUGCCGAUGUCCAGCGAAGAUUGAGGGAGGAGAUCAAGGAGGCUCUGGUUGCGAGCGGCGGUCAGGUGACCAUGAAGAUGAUCGAGUCCUUGGAGUACAUGCAGAUGAUUUUAAUGGAGAUCCUGCGCAUGUACCCACCUCUGCCUUUCCUAGAUCGCGAGUGCACUGCCGAUGAACUCUACUCCCUGGAACCAUUUCAUAACUUUCAAGUGCCCAACGGAAUGCCUGUCUAUAUACCUUGUUACGCCCUCCACAUGGAUCCCCAGCACUUUCCGCAGCCCCGGAAGUUUCAGCCGGAACGAUUUUCCGCCGCUAAUAGAAAACUACAUACACCCUAUACCUACAUGCCCUUCGGACUGGGGCCCCAUGGAUGCAUCGGAGAGCGCUUUGGGUUCCUUCAGGCUAAGGUGGGGCUCGUAAGCCUCUUAAGGAAUCAUCUUAUCACCACUUCGGAAAGGACUCCACGCCGCAUGCAGCUGGAUCCCAAGGCUAUUAUAACCCAGGCCAAAGGGGGCAUUCACCUGAGGCUUGUGCGCGAUCCUCUAGGACCAUUCUUGAAUGGCCUCACAGGAAAACCGGUGCUCGUGAAGCUGAAGUGGGGACAGGAGUACAAGGGCUUCCUGGUUUCCGUGGAUGGAUACAUGAACAUGCAGCUGGCUAACACCGAGGAAGUUAUUGAGGGCUCCGUCACCGGCAACCUCGGCGAAGUGCUCAUCCGCUGCAAUAAUAACUAUUCACCUCCGAUGGCUUUAACUGAAGUCCUCUUCCUUGUGGUGGCUGCCCUGGUGGCAGUCUACUUGUGGUUCCAGCGUAAUCACACCUACUGGCAGCGAAAGGGAAUACCCUACAUUCCACCUACGCCAAUUAUCGGCAACACAAAGCCGGCUUUUACAUUGGAGACUUCAUUUGGACUCCACCUUUCCGAUAUCUACAAUGAUCCUCGGGCGCAGAACGAAGCUGUCGUGGGCAUCUAUGCCCUAAACAAGCCCGGACUAGUUAUUCGUGAUGUGGAUUUGAUCAAGUCCGUGCUGAUCAAGGACUUCAAUAGGUUCCACAAUCGCUAUGCCCAAUGCGACCCACAUAGAGAUCCCUUGGGCUACAACAAUCUUUUCUUUGUGAGAAACAACCACUGGAAGGACAUCCGGACUAAGCUGACUCCUGUUUUUACGAGUGGAAAGAUAAAGCAGAUGUACCCACUAAUUCAAGAGAUUGGCAAGGAUCUUGAAGCUGCCCUAAAAAUACGCGACGAGAAAAGCUCUGGCAAGUACAUCACCGAGAUUAAGGAUAUCUGUGCCUUGUUUACCACUGACAGCAUUGCCUCCAUCGCAUAUGGUAUUCGGGUAAACAGUCUGGAAAAUCCCAAUGCAGAGUUCCGCAAGUAUGGACGCAAAGUAUUCAACUUUACAAUAUUCCGAGCCAAGGACUUUUUUGUAUCCUUUUUCUUGCCUAAACUGGUCUCCUUAUUGCGAAUCCAAUUCUUUCCACCGGAGCUCGCCUCUUUUAUGAGGAAAACAAUUAGACAUGUGAUGGAGGAGCGGGAGCGUACGGGUCACGUUCGUAACGACCUCAUUGAUAUUCUGGUGGCUUUACGGAAGGAGGCGGCUGCGGAACCGUCAAAACCACAUUAUGCUCGUAACCAGGACUUUCUGGUGGCCCAAGCGGGUGUGUUCUUCACUGCUGGCUUCGAGACUUCCUCUUCGACCAUGUCCUUCGCCCUCUACGAGUUGGCCCAGCACCCGGAGAUGCAACAGCGCUUGCGCGAGGAGAUCAACGAGGCCCUGCUGGAAGGUGGUGGCAGUUUAACCUAUGAAAAGAUCCAAGGCUUGGAGUACCUGUCCAUGGUUGUGGAUGAGGUUCUGCGUUUGUACCCGGUGCUACCGUUCUUGGACCGAGAGUAUGAAAGUAUCCAGGGUGAGCCAGAUCUCUCGUUGAAGCCCUUUUACGACUUUUCUUACGAGAAUGGAACUCCAGUGUUUAUUCCAGUAUUCGCAUUGCAUCGCGAUCCAAAGUAUUGGAAAAAUCCCAACCAAUUUGAUCCGGAACGCUUUUCCCCCGAGAACCGUAAGAACAUACAGGCUAUGGCUUAUCUGCCCUUUGGUACCGGACCACACAACUGCAUCGGCAGCCGGAUUGGCCUGCUCCAGAGCAAAAUGGGGCUGGUGCACUUGCUCAAGAAUCACACUGUUAGGACGUGUGCUGAAACAAUUAAGGAAAUGAAGUUCGAUCCCAAAGCUCUCUUGCUCCAGGCUGACGGGGGUAUUCAUCUGGAGCUUAUCAACGAUCGUCUCUAUGACCUCAGUACUGCUUAACUCCGAUAAAUCAAUCAAUAAAUCAUACUAAGAAUAAAUAACUUCUUUAAAAAAUUGCAAAUUGCACCUGUCGAGGUACUUUUAGUCAUAAAAAAUAUAAAAGCA